AUGCGAGCUCUGCGGCUCUACUCUCGCCUCGCAACUGCGCUUCGCACCACCUGUGGGCGCGGCAGCGCUGCGCCUGUCGUGGCAGUUGUUUGUGUGGCCCUACGACACGUCAGCGGGGAAGCUGUCCUGGCCGAGGAGGAGCAUACGCAUGCCCUCUACGACGACAACAACGAUGAGCCACUGGCACCAGAUCAGGAGGAUGCGCAGGAGAACGAUGGUGAAGGGCCGCAUCAGGCCUCACUGGUGUCUCAGCUCCUACCGUAUGUGUAUGGCUCCAGCGGUGGCGCAGGCGACGCGCACCUCUCGCUGCCCGUUGAUCAUGCUGCGUUGCGCCGGAUCAAGAGCAUCAUGAAUGUGAAAACCAAGAAGGAUUUGGCCAAGGUGCUUUACGACGCCCGGCCGCUCGAGACGCCCGAAGACUGUGCCCGCUGUGUGUCGCUGACGGCCGCCUACAUUCGGCAGCAAAAACGGAUGGAGGCGCAGGCGCAGUCCACGUCCUUUGCGAUGCGCCAGCGGGCCGCCCACCUACAGCGACGGCUGUACGCUCUCCGUCUCAGCGGGCUAGAGCAGAACGCGCUGCUGAGGAAGGCCUGCACUCUCGUUGAGGAGCGACGAGUGCCACUGGUGGUCGCGAGUCGACUACUGCGCUUUCGCUGGCCUGAUGUGCUCACCACGGUCUCCUGCGGCGUCCGCCAACGCUAUGUGAUGGAUUUGGUCCGCAGCUGGGCCACUGAGGCGCUGCACAAGAGGGAGCUCGAGCCACGUGAUGCGCGCGCGCUCCUGAACAACUGCGCCUUUGCGUUGAAAUCCGCUGUGCGUCGACACGCAAAGAACGAGUCGACUGAGACGCGCAGCGACAUCUCAUCCUUCAUUGGGGCACUUGCACUGACGGCCAGUCAAGACGUCCACUCGCCCGGGAAGGCGGAGGGACUAAUCGCUCUCAUGUGGUCAGUGCACUUGACGGGGUGUCCGGCUCCAGCAAGCUUCUGGGAUACGAUGGUGCAGCGUGUGGUAAGCAUGAAUGAGGCGCUGGAGGGCGAACUUGCAAACAACGCGGAUACGACGAUGUCGGAGGAUAGCGCGCCCACCUCCACCCUUACCCUUUCGCCCUCUUCCUCAUCGUCGUCGUCGUCCGCCAAACUACCGCGCGCGGGCCAUUUCUUCAGCACUCUCUCAACACGGCAGUUAUACCGCUUCCUCAUGGUACUGAAGCUGGUAAAAUGGGAUGGCAAUCCAACGGUUCUGCAUCAGCUGGCGGACCAGACACUGCGCAACGUCGCCUUUGAGUUGGAGGCAGCGAAUUUCGAUCGACAGGCGAGCAACGACAGUGGGAGCGAGAGGAGGGCGGCGGCGAAACUCAGCAUCAGGCCAUUUUCCAUGGUCAAUGCAGCAGAGGUACGUCUCGGUAUGCCACAGCUAAAACCCACGCAGCUGCCCAAGUCAGUGGUUGCGCGCCGCAUCCGUCAGGUGGCAGAUCUACAGCCGCACGAGUUUAUCGAGCUGCUUCGCCUUGCUGGCGAGCUGGGUGUGCCGUUCAGCGUCUCUGCGACCCGCAUGGCGGACGAGCUCCUCAUUCCACUGGUGCCGCACCUCAACGCUAAGCAGCUCAUCGUUCUCCUCCAGGUUGUGCGUCACACUCGAAGUCAAUCUGCCACGCUUCUUCAGGCGGUGAUAGACCGCCUGGUCGAGCGUGGCGCCGCCAGUGCUUACGCGCUUCCACUAUCGAAGGGGGCCUUGAAGACUGCCGCGAAGGCGCCGCCCGUAUUUCAGAGUGUGCACAUGGACAACUUUGUGGAGCUCUUCACUACAAUAUGCGAGGUCCAGCACACACUCGUGCGGGCUGCAGAAGUGGCCGCGAUGGGCAACAUCCUUUACACCCUCAGCAGGCGCUACGAAGAGACCUCACUCCCGGGGCAGCGCAUUCGCGAAGUGAUGAAUCUCCUCUGUGCGCAGAUGGACCGGCUUCUGCAGCUGCAAGUGGCGUCCAGCUCGACGUCAGACCGGCUGCUGGAGUGCACCAUGCUCCUGCGCAUGCGAGCCAACAAGGUGCAGUACCCAGCUGUGCAGGAGCUGCUCGCCUCCAGGGCAGUUGCAGUGGAUCAAGAGGAGCGACGUCUCGAUGCCCGCCGAGAGAGGGCCAUGAAGCGGGUUGACGACCUCGCAGCAGGAGGCGCGGAGGAAGGAGCGAAGUCCGCUCAGCGCGGCGGAUCAGCGAGGUGGGAGCUGCUGAGCGACGAGGAUUUUCCGCAGGUGGCGAAGGCUUCCCUUUCCGUGUACAGCGAGCUUGUGUACAUGUUCGAGCGCAUGGUCACCGUGAAGGCGGUGCUGACAGCGAAGGACUUUGAGUUGUUUGCAUUCAAUAUAAAGAAGGUGGGACUCUACAGCAUCUUACAAGGGGCCCAGCUCUUCCAGCAAGGCCACCUCGAGGCUAGUGUUUCCUACACUACCCCUGCUUCCCAAGCAGCCGCGCAGGAGCUUUCGCGGAGUAUGCCGGCGUGGAUCGAGAAGACAGUCGCAAGUGCUGUGCUCGCCAAGCUGUCGAACAGCUGCAUCUCUUCGUCGGACGCAGACAAUGAUGUCCUGAAGGUCCUGGGCCACGUGCACUGCGAUGCGGCCAAGGUGGACACGGUGAUUGAGAUGAUGGCGAAGUCUCCGCUGCGCAUGCUACAACGCCAGCGACCAGUUUGGUUGUACAUUGCAGAGCUGGCGCGUCGCUUUGGCUCCGAGGAGACGAAUAAAGCGAUGUUGGCGUACUUGAAGAAGGCGCUGAACUGA